AUGACAACAAAACAGUACAGUGGUGAUGUUCUGGAACAGUUAUUAAGAAAAUGCUCACUUAAACGAGCUCUAAGAGUGUCGUCAUGGCUCUUCAGGUUCGUAAACAAUUGUACACAAGGGGAAAAGAGAACAGGACCAUUAUCCUUUACCGAGAUUGAAGAGGCUAAGAUGAAAUUUGUCAAACAAGCCCAAAAGCAAGGUCAAUUACAACCAAAGUACGAGCAACAAUGCAAAGAACUUAAUCUUACGCGCAAUACAGAAGGGAUUUUAGAAUGUCGUGGCCGAAUUGUGGGUCAGUAUCCUAUCUACCUUCCCACAGAUUCCUUGCUAGCUCAAAGAGUAGUGGAAAAGUUGCAUCGUGAAACGUUACAUGGAGGUGUUGGAUUGACAAUGGCUGCUGUAAGAGAGACGUAUUGGAUACCGAAGUUAAGAAGCCUUGUAAAGAAAGUUAGAAAGGAGUGUUUUGGUUGUAAAAGAUAUCGAGCGACAUCAGUUCCCACACCCCCUCCUGGAAAGUUACCCGAGGACCGGACUUGUGGCGAAACAGCGUUCGAGGUGAUUGGCGUAGAUUUCGCGGGACCAAUACGUUACAAAGGGAAGUCAAGCAAGGAUUGCAAAGCGUAUCUGGCGCUGUUUUCAUGUAGUCUAACUCGAGCAGUGUACUUGGACAUGAUGCCGGACCUAUCUGCUUCCACGUUCAUACCAAGUUUGAAACGGUUCAUUGCUCGGAGGGGAAGACCCAGGAAGAUCUAUUCAGACAAUGGGGGGCACGUUCAUAAAACUGCGAAGUGGAUAGAUAGUUUACGAAAGGAGGAACGUCUUCAAGGUUAUUUGGAGGAAUUCGACAUUAAAUGGCAGUUUAACUUGUCCCGAGCACCAUGGUGGGGAGGGCAGUUCGAGCGGCUGAUAGGAAUUGUCAAACAAGCGAUGUAUAAGACAAUUGGAGGCGCAAAUCUGAAGUGGGAAGAACUGUGUGAAGUGAUACUUGACGUUGAAGUGCAAAUCAAUAGAAGACCGCUCAGUUAUGUUGAAGACGAUGUUCAACUGCCGGUGUUGACACCCGAGCUCUUUUUUAUUCCAGAGAUCCAAUCAUCUGCCAGAACAGAAAUUAUGGGUCGAAAGUGA